AUGCUACAGCUGAGCCUGUCCUGGCUGAGACUGGAGGCCCUUCUUGCUUCCCCAUGGCAGCUUCUGGGGCUGGUUGGGGCCUCCUUGUUCCUGGCUCGAACCCUGACCUGGAUCAAUGCCUGGCAUGACAACCGCCGCCCCCGCUGCUUUCCUCGGCUCACUUCCCUGCACUGGUUUUGGGGUCACACUGGCUUGGGGAGUACGGAGCAGAUCAAGAACAAUGAGGAAGGCCUGCUGUUGUGGACUGAAAUGGGCCACCACUUCCAUGAUGUCCAUGUCGGUUGGAUUGGGGCUGUCUAUCCCUUCCUGAGGCUCAUCCACCCCAAGACCAUUGGCCCUGUUCUCCAGGCACCAGCUUCAGUGGCCCUCAAGGAAAUGAAUUUUUACGGCUUCCUGAAGCCCUGGCUGGGAGAUGGGCUCUUCCUGAGUGCUGGUGGCAAGUGGAGCCGCCAUCGCCGCCUGCUGACACCUGCUUUCCACUUCGACAUCCUGAAGCCCUACGUGAAGAUUUUUAACAAGUGUGUGAACACCAUGCACGCCAAAUGGCAGCGCCUAAACACCCAGGGCACCACCUGCCUGAACAUGUUUGAACACAUCAGCCUCAUGACCUUGGACAAUCUUCAGAAAUGUGUCUUCAGCUUUGACAGCAACUGUCAGGAGUCUCCCAGUGAAUACAUUGCUGCAAUCCUGGAGCUCAGCUCCCUCAUCAUGAAACGGUACCUCAGGCUCUUUCUGCAUGUGGACUUCCUGUACUACCUCACUGCUGAUGGGCGGCGCUUCUGCAAGGCCUGUGACCUGGUGCACAGCUUCACAGAUGAUGUCAUCAGGGAGAGACGCUGCACUCUUGCUAGCCAGGGUGUUGAAUUCCUCAAGGCCAAGGCUAGGUCUAAGUCUUUGGACUUCAUUGAUGUGCUCUUGCUGGCCAAGGAUGAACACGGGAAGGAGCUGUCAGACGAGGAUAUCCGAGCAGAGGCUGACACCUUCAUGUUUAGAGGCCAUGACACCACAUCCAGUGCGCUCUCCUGGAUCCUGUACAACCUGGCGAGGCACCCGGAAUACCAGGAGCGCUGCCGGCAGGAGGUGCAGGAGCUCCUGAUGGACCGCGAGCCUGAGGAGAUUGAAUGGGACGACCUGGCUCGGCUGCCCUUCCUGACCAUGUGCAUCAAGGAGAGUCUGCGGCUGCACCCACCAAUCAUCGCCAUCUCUCGACUCUGCACCCAGGACGUUGUGCUCCCUGACGGCCGGGUCAUCCCCAAAGGGAACGACUGUCUCAUCAGCAUCUUCGGGGUUCAUCACAACCCUUCAGUCUGGCCAGACCCUGAGGUCUAUGACCCCUUCCGCUUUGACCCAGAAAACCCACAGAAGAGGUCACCUCGUUUUAUUCCCUUUUCCGCCGGGCCCAGGAACUGCAUAGGACAGACUUUCGCCAUGAGCGAGAUGAUGGUGGCGCUGGCGCUGACGCUGCUGCGCUUCCGCGUCCUGCGGGACGACAAGGAGCGGCAGGAGCUGGUCCUUCGCGCAGAGGGCGGGCUGUGGCUGCGGGUGGAACCGCUGAGCGCCUGCGCAGUGAGUGACAGGGCCUAGGAUUGUCCCACCCACUCUGCGGAUCCUAGAAUAAGCGGUGCCAGAAGGCGGCACUGCGGGACCACAGAAACCCUCUGGUAGCCUGGCUUGACAAGAGGCGAGGCUGGGGUCUGCGACCAAGAGCCAGCCUGUUUCCUGGGUGAUCCGCGGGGCCUGAGUUUGAGAAUUGCACUCAAACUCAAGCGUGGACUUAAUUUUUUUGGCGACAGGGAGGCACCACAGAUUUUUGAACAGGAGAGAUACAAGGAUUACCGGCAAACACUACAGUUUUCUUCUAUUUUUGAGACAGGGUUUCACAGUGUAGCUUUUAGAGGAUAGACCAGGCUGGCCUUUAACUUGCAGCAGACCUCUUGAAGAAACUAAGGAUGACAGGGCUGGCUCCAUUUUGUUUCUCAGACUCUAUCUUAAGUUGACUGACCUUGGAGUGACUUGACCCCCACCUUUGGGUUGUGAGAAGGGCCACAUAGCCCUCCACCCUGCGGGUUGUCAUGGAUACCACAGAAUGCGUUAAUGGUGGGUCCUCCGCGUCAGGUGUCAUAAAUGCCACAGAAGUGUUAGUGGGUCCUCCACUCCACCCAGCUGACUGUCAUACAGGUAUCUUAGAUAUCUGUCGGUUUGGCCACGUGGCUUGGAACAAUUCGCCUAAAGGACAUUUCGAUCGCUGAAACCCCCACCCAAAACUUUCCCUUCCCUGUAACUGCAAGGUUUGGAAUUCCCUGCUCGCUGCUCUUCCUUUUAAAAACCCUGCCUCCCUGAGACCCGGGGCCCCACUUUCUAACCUGCUGCAUCAGGGGAGAUUGGCAGCCCGAGCUUAAGCUUGAAUAAAGAUCCUCGUGUGAUUUACAA